AUGGUUUCCGAUGUGACUUCAUGGGAAGCGGGAUUGAAUUUACUCUUACGCUGCUCUUCUGUGUCCUCGGCGGCAAUGGGAAAACAUCGGGUUUACCGAGCUGUUGGACACCUGAGGCCAUGCACUAAUGUGUGUGCUGGCUCACAAGCAAGAUUGGCGGGACAAUGGAUAAUGUCUGGUGAAAAGCUGAUGGUUGAUGCAAAUUCACUGCAGACAAUGUGCAAAGCAGCUGUGCACGUUGAGCUAGGGCCAGCACAUGCUGGGGCUACUUGUGCCACAUUUGCACUCGAUCCACUUCAGUACCUGCCAGAAGCAGUGCAUUGUCAUCGUGCCGCCCGUGCACUCAUGCUGAUGGCCGGUAUGCAGAGAGAGUGA